CGCGGUACGCGUCCCGUGCUGACGCACGGAUACGGGCAGGUUGAAGGUUCCCUGCUGCCUGCCCAGGCCCUAGCAACGGGGGCCGCUCGACGCCGCCAUGCCCGAGGGCAAGUCCCUCUUCCGGGAGGUGCUGCCCAAGCAAGGGCAGUUGUCAGUGGAGGAUGUGGCUACCAUGGUGUUAUGUAAGCCAAAACUGUUGCCUUUAAAAUCUGUUACCCUAGAAAAGCUAGAGAAAAUGCAGCGAGCCGCACAGGAGACAAUUCGCCAGCAAGAAGUGGCACAGAGGGAGCAACAGCAACAAAGCCAACAAUAGGGUGCAUGAUGGUUCACCCCCUCUAAGAAAUAUUUCACCUAAAUAUUGUACCUUAGUUUGUGUAUAUUAAUCUAGUGAUGUUUGCUGUACAGGAAUGGUAAAAGUCCAUACUAAACUUUCUUAGCUCAUGUCUUCUUCUGUUAUACAUAUUAUAAAUGGCUGUAGAUUUUGCUUAA